UCGAUAGCUUUUGAACUGUACAAUUCAACGUACCAAGUCAGAAAUGACGCAUCAAAUAUACAUAUGCUCAAGAAGAAGAAACUUCUCUCCUUUCAAGAACGCGGUUUCACUCCUCCCUCCCUCCCUCGAUAUCAUCGACCUUAAAAAAGCAAGGGCUUUCGUUCUUUUGGUUGUCUCUGUUAUCGGCCUAAUAUUCCAUCUCCCUUGAAAAUACAACUAGUUAGCUAGUUAGGGUUUUUGUUUUUGGUCUAACAGGUUCAUCCAACCCCUCUCUCUCUCUCUCUCUCUCUCUCUCUCAUACAAAUCAACCAGAUGUGUCCUCUAAGGUUCAUCUUGUUGUUCUUCUCAGCAAUCCUUGCAGGAUACUUUGCAUGGAGGACGGUUCAUUCUUCUCCCUCCGGAACCGACAUCAUAACCUCCUCACAGCUUGAUUCUACCAACAUUAAUGAAAAUAUGGGAUCAUCCAAACAUGAACAAGAAGCAUUCAAUUUUAAAUUUAUGAUUCAGAAUGGCUUCUGGGUAUUUGUGGACAUGGCCAGCGGGAAAUACUUGUGGAGGAAUUUUAAGGAGAUGAAUGAAGGCAAAGUAAAAUGUGGGAGGUUCUUGUAUUAAGAAAACAAAUGAACACUGCCACGUUGGGAAGGGAUGCUCUCACAAGUAUGACAAAGUGGUAGCAGCGUCAGCACCUAUGUCAACCUUUGAAAUGAUGUCCCGUCAGCAAAUGCAACGACAAAAGUGGACCCACUUCACUCAAGUACAUUGGCAUACAUGGUCACACGCGGAGAAGAAAAUGUAACCAAAGUCCAAGAGAGGAAGUGGAGGGAGUGAGUUCGACGUCAUAGACUCGGAGUAGGCAAUGGAGGAGGAGGAUGCGUCCAGAUUCAUUCCGAACCCCCAAAGUAG